AUGCAGGUCUUUGCAGUGUUGCAGGCGCUGAUGUUCGUGCUAGUCGAGAUUGUUUAUGGCGCAACGUCGGACGAAGAUAUUCAGCUUAGUCAAGUGUUUGGUGGGCACGGAGGCGUCGCAUUUUCGGACAUUAAGUCUGUUAAGUUUGGACAAAGUGCCAGUACGAUCACGAUUCAUGCGAAGGACGAGAUUACUGGAGUGAUUCUGCGGAUUCUUACUCCAGCCGAUCUGACGCUAUCUCAUGGCGGGUGUGGAGGCAAAGAUUAUACUUUGGUUCUUGAACACGGAGAGUACGUCAACAAGAUGGAGAUUCAUUGGGACAAGAAGCAUUGGCGAACACACAUAUUCUACCUUAAGUUUAGCACAAACAAAAACCGCUCAGUCGAAGCAGGAACAACAACGCAUAGCUCGUCUACGGUCGAAGCCCCGGAAGGGUUCCAGCUCAGUGGGUUCUUUGGUCGCGCUGAAGGCGAGGUUUACCAAUUGGGUGUGAUUUGGGCAAGGAUGAACGCCACCAAUAAGGAACUGACCGAUAAGAUGGGCUCUGCGUGGUACGGGGAUCAAAUUCGAAAUUGGGUUGGACCUGCAAUUGGCAACGCGAAGGACUCGGCGUGCUAUAGAAAACGAUUUGUGUAUGGAAAACAUCAAACAUGCCCUCGAGGAUACAGCGCUAAGGGUAUCAGUUGUUUGGCGCAGUGUCCGAUUUCGUACCCAGUGGCGUGUUAUGAAGAAUGUAUUCCACAGAAUGACAAUUGUCUUGAAGAGAUUUUAAGCAAGGCCGCAUCUGUAGUAGCAGCAGUCUUUAAUGUCGUGACCGCAGGAAUUUUCGGCGCCAUCUUUACUUCGUACAAGAGCGCAAAACAGAAUUUCGUCUGUGCUGCCAAUAUUGUAGGCGCAGUCAAGUCGCUUAUUUACUAUCUUCGAUUUCAAAGUACGACGGCACCACAAGGGACGGUCGAGGAGAUGCUCGCUAUUGCUUACCAGUCCAACGUCGUCCUCUUUGACCUACCGAUUGCAGUUUCCCAUUGUCUCGGUAAAGAAGUUCCAGCAAACGUCGAAUUUGCUAACGUUGUAUAUAUCAUUGUUGAGAAUAUUGUCAAGGUUGCGAUCGUCCAUGGCGACGAUAUGCUCUCCACUGCUACUAACGUAAUAGCUGUUCUGCAAAACACAAGCGUCAUUAAUGGUACCGAAGAUACUACUGUUGAAAAACUUCAAACCUUCCUCGAGUCCAACACGACAUGCGGAUACCAAUUAAAAAAUCUCACUGACCAUGUCAUUUUGGCUGUCCGAAGGGUUCACCAGAAGUAUCCUAGCGCAACAACUUCUGAUAUUCGCAUCAGAGUCAGCGAGUCUUCACUUGUUUUACAAGAAAUUCCCAUAGCUACUAACAAUUGUAUGCACGAAUUACUGAAGAACAAGACUAUAAAAGCUGCCUUUGAAACUCGUGAUCUCAUUCGACGGACGUUUGGAGUGAUAGUGGAUCAGCUGAUUGAAGGAAACUCAACCGACUUAGGCAAAUCAGUUGCUGAAGCAGAUUACACCCUUGAAGCAGCCAAUUUGGCACUCGUUGUGCUUAGUGGCCUAGAUCCGACAGGAAUUACGUGGAUGGUGUCGCAGUUUAUCCAGCCGACUUGUGGACCUACACUUUUUGUCGGCGAGAUUGACGACGGGAAUCUGUACGAUGCACUUGGACUUCGCACGAUGGAAGAAGCAUUUACAGGCAGUUACGGCACAUGGACGAGAAAAGGAGAUGGGAUGGUGGACUUUUAUUUCGAAAGCAGUGACACAAGUGACAUGUCGGUCGAGCUCAUCUUAGGUGCAAAGCCUUUCGUACGGGUAGAUGUUCCAGCAGGAACAUCUGUCAAAUGGAGUGAAAAACUCUCAACAAUGCAGGAACAGGUACUGUACAUGCAUCGGUGGCACAGAACUGCAAUUGGUCUUUUAAUGUCAAAUGGAGGCUCAUUAGUUAUGUGGGUCCCGCGGUCGAGUCAAGGAGGGCAUAUUACAAUGCACGUUCGAAUUAACAAAAGUUAG